AGAAUGACAAAGAAGUCAAAGAACCGGUUCUCUCUGCGUGAAUCAGAACGUUCCUGUUGUUUCAGAGAGCCUGGAUCGGACUGUAUGACGACGUGGACAGCUGGCGCUGGUCCCUGUCGGACUCUGGGUUCUACAGAACCGGGGAGGAUUCGUUCAGGAAGUGGCAGAGCGGAGAGCCGAACAACUGGAUGAGCACCGAGCGCUGCGGCAUGAUGACCGGGGACGGGCUGUGGCAGGACGGGCCGUGCGCCUCCGCCCUGCGGCCGGUCUGCGCCGACAUCACCGGGUCCGGUGUGAGCUUCGUUCUGGUCCAGUCCGGGAUGAACUGGACGGAGGCCCAGAGCUUCUGCAGGAAGCAGCACUCGGACUUGGCCAGCAUCAGGAACGAGUCCGAGAACCAGCAGGUCCGGCAGCUGGUGCCGGCRGGAACCAAAGUCUGGACCGGACUGUACCGAGACGGCUGGAAGUGGUCGGCUGGGAGCCGCUUCUCCUUCAGCUACUGGAGGAGCGCCGAGCCCAACAACAACAACGGGGAUGAGAAGUGUGUGUCCGCGACGUUUGACGCUCUGGGGAAAUGGGAGGACUGGCCGUGUGACGUGAAGAGAGCCUUCAUCUGCUCCAGCAGUGAGUCUUCCUCAGCCUCUUCCUCCUGGUGUCUCUGCCUGCCGCUCAUCAACCAUGUUGCUGUCCAAGCUGUUGUUUUCCAGAAGGUGGUGUCUGUGAAGCUGGAGAAACCCUCCGGCCUGGAUCUGAACUCUGCAGCAGCCAUGGAGGAGCUGCUGCGGCAGCUGCUGCUGAAGCUGAAACAGGACGGACUGAAUGCAGACGUGCAGCUGAGCUGGAGGAAACAGACGGACGGAAACGUUUUCCACAAACUGAAGGAGAAAAAUCUGACGUCAGUCUGAGGGAAGCAGAUCUGCUGCUUUCUUUAUGAAGUUAAUAAUCUGAUUAUAUAAUGUUCAUUCAUUUAUAUUUAUUAUGUUCCUGUAGAAUUAAUAAAACGUUCAUUCAGGCAUUAAAACAAACAGUUUUAGCUCCUAGAUGUUGGUUUGUUGCAUUUAUGAUUAAUUUUACUCCUAAUGUGUGAAAAGCAAUAAAGACAAUAAAGACAAUGAA